AUGACUACUGAGAGAAGUGUGUCGGCCAGCCCACUCGGCCAUGACCACCCCCUUUCUUCAUCGUCAAUCGCAAAUGUGGCGCGUCAGGCUUGGUGGUGUGGCUUUGCUAGAGACUCACUGCUCACUUUAGGCCAACUGAAAAACUGGCUUAGGUCUAUGGCUCUGGAAGAUGAUUACAGCUGUCGAGAAACCAAGAGCGAUUAUCAGCAUCACCACGGUAUCUCGUGGAAUGAUGGAAGGUCUCCAGAAGUCCAAGAUCGGCCAAAGUCUAACAAGCACAUUCCAGAGUCUGCGACCCUCACUGGCUGGGACGAUCUGAAGAGUCUCACAAUGUCUCAUCUCAUCGCAGAACACCCUCUUCUCUCUGCGGUGUUGGUCAACCUUUCUUCGCCCAAGUAG